AACAGAGCCUUCCAUCACGUGACCGCCUCUUCCUCCCCGAACCCAUCAUUCGAAGACCGACGGUGCAUUUUGUCUUUGUGGCGGAAUCGCUCCGUUCCAUGAAGAUUCAUCUCAAAAAUGCUUUUUUGAACAAUCCGCCGGUUUUUAGCCACGCACUACACGCCAGUUUUUCCGCCACAAGGCACUGCAACUAUUUCUGACAGGGAAGGAAAAGACAAACUGUAUCUCUCAUCAUGGCAGAAAACAACUUCCCUCCGCUGCCUGGAUUCAUCCCCCUCAGGCCUUGCUUCUACCAAGACUUCAAUGAGAUCCCGGACCAGCGCCGCACAAUGUGCAAGCGCCUCUACUACUUGUGGAUCUUGAAUAGUGCCACGCUGGCUGUUAACCUGAUCGGCUGCCUGGCGUGGAUGUGUGGCGGAGGCGGAGCCGCCAACUUCGGCAUGGCCUUCCUGUGGCUGAUCCUCUUCACGCCUUGCUCCUACGUGUGCUGGUUCCGGCCCAUCUACAAGGCCUUCAAGACCGACAGCUCCUUCAACUUCAUGGCGUUCUUCUUCGUCUUCAUGGCUCAGGUGGUGAUCAGUAUUAUCCAGUCCGUCGGCAUUCCUGGUUGGGGGGUAUGCGGCUGGCUGGCGACCAUCACCUUCUUCAGCACCAACAUCGGCUCAGCCGUGGUGAUGCUGAUCCCGACCAUCAUGUUCACCGCCGUGGCGGUGCUCUCCUUCAUUGCCCUGUCAAAGGUGCACAACUUCUACCGCGGCAGCGGCGGCAGCCUGGGUAAGGCCCAGGAGGAGUGGGCCACGGGGGCCUGGAAAAACCCCCACGUGCAGCAGGCGGCGCAGCAGGCGGCCAUGGGCGCCGCCCAGGGAGCCGUGCAGCAGAACCAGUACUCUGCGGCGCCCACCUACAACUACGACGACCCCAUGUAGGACGGAGCACGGGAGCAAGACACCGAAAGGGAUCCACGGAGAACACAGUUGAUGAUUAGGUAUCACUGAGGAGGAGAACAACGUUGGGUUCUAAGUGUUUGGUGCAAAUCUGUCCAUUCAUUUUUGUUCCGCCUCGUGUCACAGUAGCAACACUGGCAUUUCUUAUCCAUCCCAAACUGCCAUGACCUUGUUUUGGUUUUUAUUUGCCUUGAAGUUAGGAGGUCCUCAAGCAUCGCAACACCUUUUUUGUCAUUGAUUGAUUGAAACUUUUAUUAGUACCGUAUUUUUCAGAGUAUAAGCCGCACCGGAGUAUAAGUCGCACCGGACGAAAAUGCUUAAUAAAGAAGGGAAAAAACAUAUAUAAGUGG